CUGAUGGAGCUUUCGUUAUCCAUUGGAAACACUGCGAAGAAAUUAAGUUUGAAAUUGCAGUUCAGUCUUGUCGUGAAUGCAGCGCAGAUCGAUAAUAAAACCAGAAGCAGCGGAGAAGUGCUUUGAACAAAAAAUUCGACACAUAAUUUAAGUAUCCCCGUUUUGGGUUCAUUCUGCAAAAAUUCCCAUACUAAAACGCUGCUUAUCAAAAUCGCAAAACCAACGCAAAAUUCAAAUUCAAUUCCUCUACAAAAGCAAAAUCAAAAUUGUAAAACAUAGAAGAAAAAAGUGUAUAAAUCUUACAAAAAAUGUACAAUUGUGUAAGCUAAAUCAAAUGGUUAAAUCAAAUCCAAACACCAAGCUGGAAUCAAUAGUUCAAUCAAUUUGCCAAGUAAUAAUUGAGUAGAAUAACUAAUCUAGGAAUUGUGUUAAAAGUGUCCCCCAAAAAUUAAACACAUUUGAAAUGAAAAUUUUCGCCUACGUGCAGUGAAAAUUUUUUUCCGAUUUUUAGUAUGUACAUGUACGUUGAAACGCUCGUGGGCACCAUAGCAGGCACAUCGGGUGGAGGAGGCGUCCGGCGAGCUUUUGCCACCCCUACGACCAGCUAUUGCUGCUGCUGAUGCGGCUGCUAACGGUUUUCUAGCACGAAACAAAUGGCCAAUGAAAUGUUGUGCACGCCAGCGAACAAUUUGCAAACCAUCAUUAUGCAAAUCAAGUGUAAAAAAUGCCAAAAACUUAAAAACCACUGUAAUAUAGAGUACAAAACAAGGCAACAAUAUUAACGCAAAAAUAAAAACGAAAAGAAAAGGAAGAAAGAAGAAAAAAUAAUCAGCAGCAGUGAAACGGUGCGAAUAAGUAACAAAAGCUAACAGUGCAUUAACAGCCGCAGCCAACUUUGUGUAUUUUUUUGUGUUCUGAGCUUUUCUCUCUCACGCUCACGCUGCUCUCUCCCUCUCUUUCGCUGUCUGUGACUCCCACUAACAUUCUCUCGGCUUUGGUUCGGCACUCACUCUCUCUGUGAAACAAAAGUUCAAUGAAAACUAUAAGCGCGGAUAAUAUUCCAAUGUAUCACAGCAGUCGGGGGCUGUUGUAGUAAUAGUACACACCAAUACAAGGACACAGAGUGAAAGCUUGCCAGUCAAGGACUGGAAUACGACGCGUAUACGCAGCCAAGAGUCAUCGUCAACGACAACGCCAACGCCAAAGCCAGAGUCGAAAGCAAGGCGACAUUUACGUUUUACGCGCGCAACUCUGUAACUAUUUGUGUGCGCGUGUGUGAUAGUGUGCGUAUACGCACGUGUGUCUGUGUGUGCGUGCGUGUGAAUGAGCGCGCGCCAAGUGCAACAUAUCAGAGAUAUAGGAUUUUAGAUACAUAUAGCAGACACACACACGCAUAGCAGACGAACAUCCUUCAAGGACUGCACAAACUAUGCAUUUGAGGCCAUGACAGCCCACAACAGCAUUGACAACGUCCACAAAAUGGACUGCGACCACGUCGUCGAUGCCAAGAAGCUGCUGUUGAUAGCUGACGAUAAUAACAACAAUAAUAAUAAUAAUAAUGACACGCGGCUGCUGCCCGAGCCAGUUGAAUCUCCUACCAAAGCCUGCUCCUCCGAUUUACUAUUCAACAAGGCGCGACGCCGGCGAAGAGCUCUCGAAGCACACAACCAGCUGAAGCAUCCGGAGCAGUCGGAGCACUCUCUUCUACGUCCUCGUCCUCGUGUUCGGCCAGCCAUAAUGGUCGAGUACCGACGCUCAUAUCGAGUGCUCAUCGUGACCGCGCUCCUCGUCAGCUUGGUUGCCAGCUUCAUUACGAUUAGUGCUGGCUUUCCGCUCGAUGGCUCGCAGAACUCCUUCUACACGUUCCGCAAGUGGUACACCGGCCUCAAUGGCACAUUGGAGCUGGAAUUCAAGACGGAACAGCCCAAUGGCCUCGUACUCUACACGGAUGAUGGUGGCACCUAUGAUUUCUUUGAGCUGAAACUGGUCGAGGGCGCCCUGCGUCUGCGCUAUAAUCUUGGCGGAGGCGCACAAAUCAUCACCGUGGGCAGGGAGCUGCACGAUGGCCAUUGGCAUAAGGUGCAGGUGCUGCGCAAUGAUGAUCAGACCUCGUUGAUUGUGGACGGCGUCUCACAGCAGCGUUCGACCAAAGGCAAAGAGUUCCAGUUUGGCAAGUUUGCCAGCAACUCGGAUGUGUAUGUCGGCGGCAUGCCCAACUGGUACAGCAGCAAGCUGGCGCUGCUCGCACUGCCCAGCGUUAUCUUUGAGCCACGCUUCCGUGGCGCCAUUCGCAAUCUAGUCUAUGCGGAUCAGCCGGGUGGCACCACCAGGCGCCAGGAGAUGAAGCAGCCGCGGGACAUCAAGUGCGGCGAUGCGCCUUGUGACCAUGGCGAGAUGCCAACACGCGAGCGAGGCAUGAGGGGCGUUCGAGGCAACACGACCGAUGCCUGCGAGCGCAACGAUCCCUGCCAGCACGGCGGAAUAUGCAUAUCCACUGAUUCCGGUCCAAUUUGCGAGUGUCGUAACCUUGAGUACGAUGGCCAGUAUUGUGAGAAGGAGAAGGCGCCAUCGGAAGCAACGUUCCGCGGUACACAGUUCCUUUCGUAUGACUUGGGCCAAACGGGCGCCGAGCCAAUUGUCAGUGCCCAAGAUGCGAUCUCUUUCUACUUUCGCACUCGCCAGCCAAAUGGUCUCCUCUUCUACACGGGCCACGGCACCGACUAUCUGAAUUUGGCGCUGCGCGAUGGCGGCGUCUCGCUGACCAUGGGUCUAGCCAAUGGCAAGCAGGAGAUGCACAUUAAGCCAUCGAAGGUGCGCUUCGACGACCAUCAGUGGCACAAGGUCACCGUGCAUCGACGCAUCCAGGAGAUCUCUUCUAUCACCAGCUUCUGUCGGCUCGUCACUGUGGUCGAUGAUGUCUAUACGGAUCACUCGCACAUUGCCGGCAAGUUUACCAUGUUGUCCUCGUCUCGCGUCUACGUUGGCGGCGCUGUUAAUCCGCGUGCUUUGCUCGGCGCUCGUGUGCACAACAAUUUUGUGGGCUGUUUGCGCAAAGUGGAGUUCUCUGCAGACACUUUGAACUUGAAUCUCAUCGAUCUGGCCAAGAGUGGCUCAAAGUUGAUUCAAGUGGCGGGCAGUCUGGAGUAUCAGUGUCCUAGUGGCGAUCCUCAGGAUCCGGUGACCUUCACCACACGCGAAUCCCAUUUGGUGCUGCCGCCAUGGGAGACGGGCAAGCAGAGCUCCAUCAGCUUUAAAUUCCGCACCAAGGAACCCAAUGGCAUCAUCAUACUGGCCACCGGCUCCAAGCAGCCGCGUGCCAAGAACCCUGUGCUGAUUGCCAUUGAGCUGCUCAAUGGACACAUCUAUAUACAUCUGGAUCUCGGCUCCGGUGCCUCGAAGAUACGCGCCUCGCGACGCCGCGUCGACGAUGGCGACUGGCAUGAUCUCAUACUGCGACGCAAUGGUCGCGAUGCCAAGGUGGCUGUGGACGGCAUUUGGAAUGAUUUUCGCACACCUGGCGACGGUACCAUACUGGAGCUCGAUGGUCAUAUGUAUGUGGGUGGCGUUGGGCCUGCUUACAAUAAUGUGGCCUGGCCGGCGGCCAUCUGGACGGCAACGUUGCGACAGGGAUUUGUGGGCUGUUUGCGUGACCUGGUGCUCAGCGGCAAGGCGAUCGAUAUAGCUGCCUUUGCACGCGUGCAGGACUCGGCUUCGGUGAAACCUUCGUGCCAUGUGCAGGGCAAUGUUUGCAGCGGCAAUCCCUGCCUCAACGGCGGCACCUGUCUCGAGGGAUGGAAUAGACCCAUCUGCGACUGCUCGGCCACCUUGUACGGCGGACCAACCUGCGGCAGGGAAUUGGCCACGUUGGCCUUUAAUGGCAGCCAACACAUGACCAUUUGGCUGGCCAAUGGACAGGGCACCAAGACACAGACCGAGGAGCUCAUUAUACGUUUCAAGACCUCACGUCCCGCUGGGUUGUUGCUCUUGACCAGCGCCGAAUCGAAUUCACCGGAUCGUCUAGAGAUUGCCUUGGUGGCUGGACGCAUUCGAGCGAGUGUGCGGCUGAGCGAUCGGGAGAAGAACCUGCUCGCUGGCCAAUCGGUGCUCAAUGACAAUAAUUGGCACACCAUACGAUUUUCGCGCAGAGCAUCGAAUCUGCGUCUACAAGUUGACGGGGCUCCCCCCGUCAGGGCUGAGACAAUCCUGGGACGCCACAGCACCAUGGAGAUACGUUCCAUUCAUCUCGGUGGACUCUUCCAUGCCGAGGAGGAGAUCCAAAUGACCUCGACCAUGCCGAACUUUGUGGGACAAAUGCAGGGCUUCAUCUUCAAUGGGCAGCGCUAUUUGGAUAUCGUAAAGUCGUUGGGACCGGAGCUGUCGGCGCUGCCGAGUGCCACCUUCAAGCUGACCGCACGCUUUGUCAACUCACCAGCUGGACAACCGUAUCAUGCGGCCACGUUCCGCUCCAAGCACUCUUACGUAGGUCUGGCCAUGCUCAAGGCCUACACAAGCAUUUCCAUUGACUUCCGCUUUAAGACUGUGGAACCAAAUGGUUUGCUCGUCUUUAAUGGCGGCAGACGAAACGAUUUCGUUGCUGUGGAGCUGGUCAAUGGCCACAUACACUACACCUUCGAUCUGGGAGAUGGACCUGUGACGAUGCGGGACAAGUCUCGCAUACACAUGAACGACAAUCGCUGGCAUCAGGUCAGCAUACGUCGUCCGGGACCCAAGACUCAUACUCUGACCGUGGACGAUUCCUUUGAGAUUAUCACGCUGACGGGCAAUAAUAUGCAUCUGGAGUUGGCGGGCAUAUUGUACAUUGGCGGCGUCUUUAAGGACAUGUACUCCAAGUUGCCGGGUUCGAUCUCAUCUCGCUCUGGCUUCGAGGGUUGCCUGGCUUCUUUGGAUUUGGGUGAUACGUCGCCUUCGCUUACCAGCGAUGCAGUUGUGCCCAGCUCGCUGGUUGUAAGUGGAUGUGAGGGACCCACAAAGUGCAGCCAGAAUGCGUGCGCCAAUCGUGGCAUCUGUGUGCAGCAAUGGAAUGCGUAUGCCUGCGAAUGUGACAUGACUUCGUACACGGGACCCACUUGCUAUGAUGAAUCGAUUGCCUACGAUUUUGGCAACAACAAGGGCAUGGUGCAGUACACUUUCCCCGAGAAUACGCAGGCGGACACCGAGGAGGACAACAUUGCGUUGGGCUUCAUCACCACCAAACCGGAUGGUUUGCUGCGCGUUGAGAGUGCCACCACACAGGAUUACAUGGAACUGGAGAUUGUGGAGGGCAACAUCUUUAUGGUGUACAACAUUGGCAGCGUGGAUCUGCCGCUGGGCGAGAUUGGCACCAAGGUCAACGACAAUGCCUAUCACGUGGUGCGCUUCUCCCGCAAAGGUGGCAAUGCCACGCUUCAACUGGACGACUACAAUGUGCAGGCACUUACACCGCAGGGCCACCACUCGACCGUGUUCAAUACGAUGUCGAACAUCCAGGUGGGAGGCAAGUUUAGCCGCAACGGUCGCAUAAGGAUCGAGCGUCCGUUUGCUGGCGUCAUUGCCGGUUUGUCGGUGAACAAGCUGCGCAUUCUGGAUUUGGCCGUCGAACGCGAUCCCCAUAUCACCGUGCGAGGAGAUGUUCAAUUGGUAACUGGAGUAUUAGAUAGAAAUGAUCUGCAGAGAAUGCAGCAGACGCCAGCAAGCGGUUACCCGGGUGCCAUAGACGAUCUGAUCUUCUCCGGCGCCGGAUCCGGAUGUCGUGGCGACGACGAAGACGAAUGCACGCCUCCCUUCGAGUCGGGCAGUGGAGAUGAUCUCAUCACCCCGGUCUAUGUGCCGCCCACAAAGCAGACAACAACCACACAGCAGGGCAACAGCUUGAGUGUCGAUCGCAAUAACAACAACAAUAACACGAGCAACAACAACAAUGGCACAGAGCGUGCCUGUGAUGACGAGGAUUGUGUGCACGGAUCUGGGGAUUAUGGCGAGACAACGGAACAGUUCACAGCGACAAGCACGGCGAAGGGUGCAGAGUCCAAUAACGAGAUGGUCACCGCUUCGACCACAGGACGCAGCAGCGAUGUCACCACGGAGCAGCAGCAACACAGCAGCACCAGCAGCAGCAGCAGCAGCAGCAGCAGCAGUAGUAGCAGCAGCAGCAGCUUGGGCAGCAGCACUCCCAGCUACAUGACAACGAUGUCGAGUGCUGGAACUGGUAGCAGCAGCAGCACAUCAAUCAGCCAACCCAGCAGCACCAGCAGCGUGAGCACCACUUCGACACAGCGGACCACCAGCAGCUCGAGCACAACAACAACCACGACGACGACAACAACGACAACCACAACACCAGUGCCAGAGAUACGGACCACGGUGACAGAGCGCGACACCACACAGAAUAUCUAUGAUGCGAUAGGCGGUGGUAUGGGUGGCGGUGGCGGUGGCUCAGGUCACGAUCAUGAGCGUAUGCGACUGCCCGAUGAGCAUUCGUUGCCCCCGAUGCCACCGCAAUUGCCACAACCGGAUCCACCGCCAUACGGACCCUACGGUGGCAAUACCUACAACAGCAAUGUGAACAGCUAUCGACCCAAGGGCAAGGGUGGACGCAUCAACUCCAUUGAGGAGGAGCGCACGGCGAUGAUCAUUGGCAUUGUGGCAGGUAUUUUGAUAGCGGUUAUUCUGGUUAUAUUGCUGGUGUUGUGGCUGAAAUCGAAUGGCGAUCGUGGCUACAAGACGGAGAGCGAGAAGGCCGCCGCAUACGGUUCGCACAAUCCGAAUGCCGCCUUACUGGGCAACACAAGCACCAAUGGCUCGUAUCAUCAGCAGCGGCAGCAUCAUCAGGCCACUGGCGGUGGCUUGCAGGCGGUGCAGCAUCAUGGGCAACAGCAGCAGCAGCCGCAUCACAACAACCACAAUGGACACAACAAUGGCAGCGGCGGCGGUGGCAUGAUGUCCAGUGGCAGCGGUUCCUUGGGCUAUGGCAGCGAUGGUCGCCCACAGAUGGCGGGAUUGGUGCAGCCAAAGGCCAAGAAGCGCGACUCAAAGGAUGUCAAGGAGUGGUAUGUCUAAGCAGGACAGAACAACUAACAAAAGCGUCGUCAAAUUAGCAAUAAAACACGUGAUGAUGAACAUCCAUUUACCCAGAAUACACAACAACAACAAGAACAACAGCAAAAACAAUAAUCUAUAGAGAAAGUAUAAUUAUUUAUUUACAAUUGACUCGUGACGUUAAUUAGACACAUUGACAAAGUGUACAAAUGACGGAAGGAUAAUAAGCGGUGCCCGCAUGGAUUGGUUUGUUAUGGCAAUAAUGUUAGCAAAAGGACAUAAAUCAAGACACACACACACACACACUAACUCAAACACACAGAUACUUUAGCUGCAUAUGCAUUAAGUUUUAAAGGCAUUGAAUCUAGCUGACAGAAAACAAAAAAAAAAAAAUGAAAAAAUACGAUUAAUAAACAUACAUUUUGAGCAAAAAUUAUGCCUAAGAAAUUAUAGCUUCAAACUCAAGACUUGCUAAAGAAAAACAAAAAAAAAAUGAUGCAGCAUAUAUAUACACUCGUAAUAUAUAUAUAUAUAUAUAUACAUAUGUGUGUGUAUAUUAUCAUUAUGUUAUAGUAAACAAAUUAUGCCACUAGCCAAUCAAAUAAUUGUGUAUAAUAUUUCGCUACAAAAAAAAAAAAUAUAA